AUGGAGCUUGCAGCUGCAAGUUGUUCUAAUGACCUGAACAAUUUGACAGAAUCUUCCAAGAAGGCUCAGAUUUUCUUGGUGCAAAGAGGGAUGGAUAUGUACGUGCAUUAUUACAGUAAGGAGUUAGAUCAGAGUGGUAUUGAAGUGACUCCCAAGUGA